GUAGACAGUUGACUUCUCUGUUAACUUCAACAGACUUUGACACAAUGGAUCAGGUGGUCGGAGGGUACAAUCCGAUAACAGACGCCACCAAGGAAACUCAGGAUCUUUGUCAUCAGGUGAAGCACCAGGUGGAGAAAAAGACAGGAGCAAAUUAUGUGGAAUACAAAGCAGUUAAAUACAAGAGUCAAGUUGUGGCAGGAACCAACUUCCUUAUCAAGGUUCAUGUUGGAGGAGCGAACUACAUUCAUCUGGAAAUCUUCCGAGCUCUUCCGUGUAACGGAGGAAAGGUUUCUCUGACUAAUGUAAAGGCUCGUCAGACCAAAGACAGCCCCCUUGAAUUUUAGAAACUGAUCCCAGAACCAGUCUCACCAGUAAAAUCCUUAAAGGCUGCAGUCUCAUGUUAAAAUCU